AGGUCCCUCUCUCCCGGGAUACUCUUCGCGACAAAAAAAGAAAUGUCGACAACAAUCGUCGCAGGCAGUCGUGUGGUUGCGUCUUCGUGAGAUAGCAAGAACGAUCAUCGAGGAGCCGGCUGAGAGAGAGAACGAGGGAUAAACGUUCGCCCGAACGUUCGGCGGUCGUGAGCGACUGAGAAAUUUGAGACGAAGAGAGAUAUUACGCUAACGAUUCGCCGUUUGAGAUCCUCGCCGCCCAGCACGAACGAGUGGAAUCUCGGCCGCGCGAGAAGCGGCGGCAGGUACGUUUUCGCACUAACAGGAGAUAUUGCGAAAGAAAGUGAUAAGAUGGAUCAGAACGAAAUUGUGAAAAUUUUGCGGUCAUGCCUGAUAUCAUGCAAAGGUGGUGUAAAGUUGGACAAUUUAAAGGCGGAUUAUCGUAUGAUCACGGGAGAAUCGUUACCUUAUAGAAAUUUUGGAUUCCCAUCAAUCGAGGCCUUCAUACGUAACAUACCUGAUAUCUCAGUGACCAAUAGGAAUGGAGAGUUGUAUGUUGAUGCACUACCUUCCAGGACAACGGCUCACCUUACAAAAUUAAUUUCGCAUCAAGUCUCACGGCGAAAAACACGACACAGACCACAAGCUAAAAAAUGGAGUCCUCAUCGAUACACAUCUAGAGGCUAUCUACCAGGUUUUAAAAAUAACGGAUCUCAGCCUACGAGAUAUAACAAUCAGAAUUCUCUGCAUUCAUUCACUAAAUCAACACCCGGAAGGAAUAACUUAUAUACGGACUUUAACAGACCACCACCGCUCAUGGAGAACCUAGUGCAAUGUCCAUUUCCUAUAAACCGCAAUAACGAGAAACCAAGAUUCGCCAUGGACAUACCACAAAUUUCACCUAGUAAAAGACUGAAAGAUAAAGUGGCAAAUCCUAGUAUAUCAACUUCAAAUCUGAACCAAAGUUCUAAUAAAUCUAAGAUUGAUGGAAGAUUGGGGAACGAAGUAUUAUUCGAAAGGGCAGUGCCACCUCCUGUGAUAAGCUCAACACCAAAGACUGUAGAAGAAAAACCCUCAAAACUAAGUGAUAGACUCAAAAUCAGUACUCCAUUGUCGACCGACAAUAACGGACAUAUUGAUACGCACAUUACACGCUACGUUCCACAGGUCGCACCUGUCGAUGAUCCUCGGAAAGAACUGAUAGUUCGCACCAAUGCGUUGGAUCUAUCGUUGCCAAUUUAUAAAACGUAUACGAAAAAGGAAAGAAGCAAUCCUACAAAAAUCACCAUAUACGCGAGCGUAAAAGUUGGGACCCAUACAUUCCAUACCUACCCGGAAGACGCGCGAUCCGAAGAAGAAGCCGAGAAGAUCGCGGCGCGAUUGGCUCUGAUGAAUUUAGCCAAGGAGGAGUCCUCGAGUCCCGAAGUGACCACUAUUGACGUAAACUUAGUGAAAGAACGUAUAUUAAAAAUCAUAACCAGGCAUCCUAGCGGCGUCUUUAUGCCACGAAUACCAUUUUACUAUAAGGAAAGUUACGACGAGGCUUUGCCUCUUGACUGGCAGAAAAUAAUCGCGGAGUGCGCGGAUAUCAAUCAAGAGAAAGGCGUCGGCAAUUCAACGAUACUCUGUCGAUCCGAUCCAACCGCGAAGCGGCCGGAAAUUUAUUCACCGUCUCAUGACAUGCAUUCCGACAUGCACAGUUCUUUAUCCACCGAGAAAAUACAGCUGAACCCGAUAGGACCCGCUGCGCCUGAUAAAUUAAAAAUACCCGAGGCGACACUCUGGAAUGUGUACCCAACAUGUGUCAUAAGUACUAUUGAGGUGUGGGUUCGACUCGUUGAUGAUGAUUAUAAUGAUAAUUUUACCGAUAUGAUGAACAACAUGACAGAGCAUUACAAUAAGAUAAAACAACCCGCCUCGACAUCGACAUGCGUCCGCGGUGACUUUUAUGCUAUCCUCGAAGAUGACUAUUGGCAUAGAGUACAGUGCAUAGACUACGAGCCGGAUACUAGACUCGCUACGGUACAUUUCAUCGACGAUGGGUAUGAAGAUCAAUAUAAAUGCGACGUGUUGCAGCCUUUGGAGAAAAAAUUCUGCUUACUCCCGGCCCAGGCGGUCCGAGUAGCUCUUCAAGGAUUGGAGGAAUUGCGUGAUUGUGGUCAAACGAUCACAGAGAUCGAGAAUCAGCUUUUGGAGCGGGUAUUCUGCGUGAAAGUACACAGCUUAGCCACCGACGAGGAUGGUUCAUAUGCAUCAGUGACGUUUUACGACACAAGUAGUGAAGAUGACAUUAAUAUGAACGAUAUUUUAUUUGAAAAAAUCAUGGAGAAUAUCACCGCUGGAUCCAAAUUAAAUGCCGGACAGUUUGUUGAAUUGUACGUCACGAACAUGGACGUACAUGGUAAAGUUUACGCGCAGUUAAACUUCGUCUCCAGAACCUGCCUGUUAAAUCUGAUGAACGACGAAAUAAUGACACAGAUACCCUUGAGUGUUCGCUUGUGCUCUGCAGUGAGGGCAAUUGAUUUCACGAAAAUGUAUCUUGUGCAGUUGGACUCGCAAUGGUACCGGGCGAGAGUUACGGACGUUCAAAACGAACGUUUAGUGAAGGUGUUUCUGAUCGAUGUGGGUCGAACAGUGACGGCGUUGCGAAAAAAUUUGCUUCAUAUAGAUAAGAUUUCGAAGGUUCUACAGAGCAUUUUGCCACAGGCGACACAGAUUUUCCUGCACGGUAUCGAUCAAUCGAUAUACGGCGAGAAGUUCGUGACGAAAUUCAACGAGUUAGUUUCGGAUACUGAUUUGCUGAUUGCAAAGGUCGUCCGAAUCACCAUAUCUGGCGUUCCGGUUGUGCAGAUUUUCAAGAGAGUUCAGCCGAGCAACAUGUUGGCUUCUAUCAACGAAUCAUUGAUUCACGACUUGGAAUUGAUAAAAUCCAACGAAGACGGCAAUAAUAACAACAAUAUUAAACCGAAAAAACGUUUGGAACGUAAGAAUUCGCGCAUCCUUGAGUCCGGUAAAUUAAAUCCACCCAUGAUUUCGGAUAUUGGCCAGUUCUUCGAUGUACACGUCACAUUGGCUGCGCAUCCUGGACAUUUCAUUGUUCAACCUCUAAACAACGGAGAUGAAAUGAAGGCGAUGAUGACUGAACUGCAAAAAUACUGCGAUGCGUACGAAGGACCAGAAUUAGAGUCUGUUGGCGAAGGCAAACUCUACGCGGGAAAAUUUAUGGAUAACUAUUGGUACAGAGUAUACGUCACCAAUAUUAUCAAUGAGAAUACGAUAUCCGUGUACUUCUGCGACUUCGGGGAUGUGACGAUAGUACCACGAAACAGAUUACAACCCUUGAAGAGCGAAUUCUUGGAACUGCCGUAUCAAGCUGUAAAGGCCAAACUUGUUGGGAUACAACCAAUGAACAUUGACUGGACCGUCGAGGAUUGCGUGAGAUUUCGUGAUUUGGUGCUCGGCAAGAACUUCGUGUCGAUAGUUGUCGAAUCGAUGUUCGAUCAUUUGUCGCCCGUUAAUGAUACCGUACUCGGACUGAAGUUGAUUGACGUUAAUACUGACCAAGACAUAUUCAUCGACAAGUUGUUAGUAGAGGAGAACCGUGCCAAGUUUAUUGAAGGGGAGAAUCUUCCACUUAGUUAGAGCUCAUUACGAUGGUAAAAGAUGAGCAAAAACGUCUAUUUUCAUAAUAGCAUAUUGUUAUCCUUCUAUAACGACACGGUGUUGCGCUCUAUAAACAUUAUAAAAGGAUAACGUAUAAACAUAUAUAGACUGCAAUCAUAUUCAUUGUUCAAGAAUUAGGAUUUUUUUUUAAGCAAAAAAGCAUGGACAAGAUCUUGAUAGCAGAAUUUUAUUUAUCAAGAAAACGCUCAUUUUAUCGUUCUCGUAAAUAUGUCUACAAUAUAUAUAUAUAUAUUGUUUUGUUGUCAUUUCAUUAGAGACGUUUAACUGUUGAAGUUGUAACGUGUGUAGUUUAUUUACGAAGAUGCCAAGUUUUAUUAGAACGUCUUGUAUUUUUGAUAACAUUAUUAGCUCGUAAUAAGUAUUCUUAACAGUGUUACGUUAUUAUUUUUCUCUUUUUUUAAAGUUUCAUUUCUGUUUAUGUUUCAUGAUAUUAGAGAAAGCAGUAUAAUUGUCGAAUGUGACAAAAGAUAUUGGCUGUGCGUAAUACUGUGGAUAUAUUCAUUAACAGCAUUCCAUAUUUAAAUAAAUAAAUAAAUAAAUUAUAUAUACACACACACACACACACACAUAUAUAUAUAUAUAUACAUAUAUAUAUAUAUAUAUAUAUAUACACACAUAUAUAUAUCUCUCUUUUAUAUUAUAUAUACAUACAUCAAACACACGCACAGACAAGUAGAUCUGCUUGUAUGGAUUAGUCAACACGAGAGAUGUGUGCGUACAUAUAGACUGCCUGACGUAAAACUUGUACUCUACUUGCGAUCAUUUCUUAGCGACAUAUGCACGAUAUCCUCGCAAUAUGUCAAAAAACAAUUUAUCUUCGCGUCGCUCACGUUCUUACUGGAAAUGGUAAAUAGUAGAAGUCAAAUCGAGACGAAAAAUUCUUUGUUAUUUUUUAAUGCUAGCAAUAGCAAAAUUAACGAAUUAUUAAUUAAGUUUGAUGUUUAAAGCGCUCUAAUUGAUGGGUCACAGGUAGUAUCGCGCGCCGAAAAAAGUACGAAUUCCCGUCUUUUGGAUUAACUUUGAUGUUUUGAUUAGUGGACUUUUUUCAUCACUAAUCAAAAUGGCGGAGCUGGCGAAAAGGCGGGAGUUCGCAUUUCUUUGCAAUUAGAGCACACUAAGCUUAAUAACUCGUUAACUAUUGUAUUAAAAAGUGACAAAGGACUUUCCGUCUUGGUUUAAUUCCUACUGUUAUUUCAAUAUUUGACAGUUGAUGUAGGAUAUUCUGUACAACAACUACGGAGCAACGAGUUAUUUCUUCUAUAACUUUAUUUAAUGGGAUAUGUAGGCCUUUCUAUAUUGGAAUACAAUAUUUUUCAUUGCUUUAUACAAUCAUUAUAGCCUUUGCAAGAUUUACUCUUUAAUGUCUCUAUUGAUUACUUACAUUACCUUGACAGUUGUGCCAACUUAUGUUCGUUUAAAAAAUUUGUCAUUUAUAAGAAAAAUAGAAAAUAGGAAGGCAUAUAUGUACAUAUACAAUAGAAACUUAAUUUUGGGCAGUAGCUAUAGCAGCUUAUUUAUGAAUUUAUUUACGAAUGACGCGUUUUUUCGCGAGUCUACACCAUCAUUCUGAGGACUUCAUUAAUUUUAUCCUCUCGAUUUCCGAAGUCGCCACCUUCUACGUAAUGAUUCGUUUUCUUACGCCAUCCACCAUUCGAUGUGUUAAGCUGGAAAAAUAAAAAAAUGAUUUUUGACAUGUCAUCGAAA